AUGAUCACGCAGGAUCCUGAUUAUAAUUCAAACAAAUUUAAAAAUUUCCAAACAAAAACAACUCAUGUGAUAUAUAUCAUAAUGUUCAGAAUUAAUUCACGACCAUAUCUGCUGCUAACGAAUGCUGUCCGUUUUUUGUUUACCCGAAAACUUUCAUCAUCAUCAUAUAUUGCCGAUUUUCAAUCAUUAAUAGGCAAACAGAAUGUUCUGACCACUGAUUUGGAUCCAUUCAAUCAGGAUUGGUUGAAAAGUCAUUGUGGACGAUCCGAUGUUGUGUUGUUGCCACGACAAACAACAGAUGUAUCGAAUAUACUUCGUUAUUGUAAUCAAAAUGAUUUAAAAUGUGUUGUACAAUCAGGCAAUACAUCGCUUGUUUGUGGUGCAACACCGUGGCAAAAUGAAAUCAUUAUUUCGAUGAAAAAAAUGAAUCAAAUUAUUUCAUUUGAUGAAAUUACUGGCGUUCUUCAUUGCGAAAGUGGUUGUAUACUACAGAAUCUAGAAGAAUUUGUACAACAAAAACAACGACUAAUACCAUAUGAUUUGGGUGCAAAAGGUUCAUGUAUGAUUGGUGGUAAUCUGGCCACGAAUGCCGGUGGUUUACGUUUCAUUAAAUUUGGUCCACUACAUUCGAAUGUACUUGGAUUAGAAAUUGUAAUGGCCAAUGGUGAAAUACUUGAUCUGAUGAGUAGCAUGCGUAAAGAUAAUACUGGAUAUCAUUUACGUCAUUUGUUUAUCGGUUCCGAAGGUACACUUGGCAUUAUAACCAAAGUAUCAAUAUUAUGUCCAAAAGAUUUUAAAUGUAAAAAAGUUUUUCUAUUUUCAUUGGAAAAUUUCAACAAAUUAAUCGAAUUAUUUCAAAUGAUACAAGAAGAUUUUAGUGAAAAUCUAUCCUGUUUUGAAAUGAUUGAUGAAAGUUCAAUGAAAGCUGUUGUUGAUAAUCUAAAUGUAUCAUUUCCAUUAUCAUCCAAAUCGUAUCCAUUUUAUUCAUUAUUUGAAUUAUCAUCCAAUGAUGAAUCAUCAUUGGAUCAACGUUUUGCAAAACAUUAUGAAAAACUUGUUAAAAAAUCUAUAAUAUUAGAUGGAACAUAUGCUAAUGAUUCGGAUGGUGAAAAAUUUCGUAAAUUAAAAUCCUAUCGUGAAACAAUUACCGAAGGUUUACGAAUUGAUGGUUAUAGCUAUAAAUAUGAUAUAUCAUUACCAAUGAAUGUUUAUUAUGAAGUGGUAAAUGUAAUGCGAAAACGUUUAUCAUCAUCAACAUCUAAUUUUGUACGAAUCUGUGGCUAUGGACAUAUGGGUGAUGGAAAUAUGCAUUUCAAUGUCACAUCACGACAAUUUGAUCAACAGAUUUUAAAUCUAAUCGAACCAUUCCUAUAUGAAUAUGUAGCUAAAUAUAAUGGUAGUAUCAGUGCUGAACAUGGUAUCGGUGUGAAAAAACGAAAAUUUCUUCAUUAUUCUAAAAAUGAUGAAGCCAUCAAAUUAAUGCAGCAAAUGAAACGAAUGUUUGAUCCGAAAUCGAUACUGAAUCCUCAUGUCUUGUUCUGAAUUUAACCUUGAGAUUAUUGCCAUGAACGUCAUCAUCAUAUGGAUCAAAUUCAUAAACUACAGUGUGCACUGAUAAAAACACAUAGAUCAUUCACACCAUACACAUAAAUCGCGAUGGGGCUUGAUACGGCCGGAUCAAAUCGGAUUGACCGCGGCCACACGGAACAACCACCAUCACCAUCACCACCACCACCACCAUCAAGAAUGUGUCUAUAUAUAAUGCUUAUACAUUUUAUACCACUCAUAGAGACAACAGAAACAACAACAACAUACAAAAAACGAUCAACGAUUAACUGUAAACGACGACGACGGCGACGAAGCAAAAAAAAAAUCAUCAUCAUAUAUAUCUGUGUAAAAAGAAAAGAGAAAAAUCAAAAACGUAGUUUUUUUUUGUUCUCAAUGAUGACAACAUUGUGAUUGUUGUGUAUAUAAAUCCAUGAUCUACGCAGCUAUACUACAAUCAUCAUCAGCAUAUUAUAUACCAUUAUCUAUAAAGAAAAAUUUACCGUAAACCAAGAAAAAAAAACCGUUAUUGCAUAUUGAAUAAGAAACUGACUGCACUAUAUUAACGUCGUUUAUCAUUCUUUUUCUCUGUGUUUUCCAUCCAUUUUCUCCAUCAAUUAUAUAUAUAUAUAUAUAUUGAAAUUCGUCUUACCAGUGCCUUUAAUCGGAUGAAUUCGAUUGACAGAAUAAUUGAAACAGAAUCCAAUAGUAGGAAAAAGAAAUCAACUUUUUUGAACGGUAUAAACAAUCCAAUGGAUUGUAAUUCUUUUAUUAUCAAUAAUAAUCAUUUAUCAUCAUCAACAUUUCAACGACAUCAAUUGUUCAAUGCAGAAUGGCCUAGUUGACUUAAUAAAUCGAAUAUAUUGGAUACAAAUGCCACUAAUGAUGAUGGUGAUGAUGUGAUUGUGUCAACAACA